AUGGAGGGCGACGAAUCAAAAGCACAGUCACAAGGGCAGGAUAGUCAGAUUACGUCACAAAAUGUGCAAGGGUUCGAGCAAUGUGUCAAAGAAAUCCUUAAGCAGAUCGACGAAGAUGAAAAUUUCUCCAAAGUAAUAGCCGAAUUUUACGAUAGCAAGAAGUCGAACAUGACAAAACUGGUAACCGAGUUAUCGCGUGUGCAUGGGGAAUUGGCUGAUGAAAAUGUUCAUUUGAUUAAAGAAGUCAACAAGAACAAGGCAAAAUCACACUCACAAGGGCAGGAUAGUCAAAAUAUGCCAGAAAAUUCUUCAUUCCUUUUCGAAAAUGUGGAAGAGAUCCUUAACGUGAUUGAGCAAGAUGAAAAUUUACCCAAAAUUGGCGAUUUCAAGAAGCCUAAAUUGACAACAAUGGUUACAGAGUUAUCUCGCAUGCACAUGGCGUUGGCUGAUGAACAUGUUCAUUUGAUUAAAGAAGUGAGCAAGAACACUCAUAAAUCUACAACACCUAUCAAAACAGAGCAUGUUGAUUCUUCUACUUCAACCUCUCCUCAAAUGAGUAAAACACCUGAAUUCAAGACACCUGUUGGUUAUGAAUUUACUCUAGACACUAGUGGAGUUGGUUUUCGUUUUUCAACAAGAGAAGGCUCAGAAUCUUCCUUCGCAUUAUCAUCAAAUCCCGAUCAGUUAGAAUCCACCAAGAAGCAUCUAAAUCCACCAGUCAAGACUGAUGAAUCGAAAGUGAAAGAAACCAAAGUCCAUGACCCUGAACCUGAGCUUACUUUGAAGAAAAAGAUUCAGGAUUUAACAGACGAAAAUGUGUUUCUUGAAGCUGAGAAAGCUAACGCGGCUGAGCUUAAACUUACGGUUGCUGAGACAAAUCGUGGGUAUGAAAAAAUGUUCGGUGUUCUAGAGGCCUCCGGACAACAAGUAAUAAAAUCGGACGAAGAAAAUAAAAAUCUGAAAAAUGAGUUGACUAACAAGAUUCUUGGCAUAACUGGUCGUUUACAGACGGAAUAUGAUAAAGUAGAAGCUCAGAAUCUAAAAUUGCAUGAGGAAGUAGCUUUAGGCCUAACUGAAAUAGCAAAGCGAGAUGAACAAAUUAUAGAACAGAGUAUCCAGAUUGAUCUACUCAAAAAUUCUCAUGCGACUGAAGAGGAUAGAAUGAAUAGCGAUAUUGAAAGGUUGGAAAUGGAACUUAAGGAAAAGUGUGAGUUGGUUGAUGCUCUGAACAAGAAGCAUGAUGCUCUAAAGAUAUGUACAUAUGAACUAAAACUGAAAUUGAAAGGUGUGGAAUUGGAUAGCGAGAGGGAAGUGACGUCUGAAGAUGCAGUUUGA